CGAGGAGGUCCCUAUUCAUACUCAUCGGCCAAGCGAGAAAGGAUCCACGGUGGAAUACGCAAUUUCCUCGACAGAGGGCGAUAUGAGGUUACUGGAAUUCCCCUGCGGCCGGCGAGCCAUACGGCCGGAUAAGGAGGCGCCGGCAGCCAAGGAGUGCGAGGGCAAGCGCCGGAGGAGGGCGUCGGCGUGGCGGCCGUCGUUGGUCGUGAUCUCAGAGGACGCGGCGCUGAUGGGGGAUAAGGCGGUGCCCAAGGGUGGCGGCGGACCGCGGAAGGCGAAAGCCCAAGCGACGCGUAGGUUUGUUCCGCGCCCCUUCAAGGACGACCAUGGGCAGUAUGCGGUGGCUGCGGUUGUUCCCGCUUUUGCUCCGGCGGCCUUCAUUUUCUAAAGCUUCGCCCGCCAUGUACAUACAUACAUAAUUAAUAACGGCGGCCUUCUUCAAGAUCUGCCUUGUACAUAUCAUCAUCUUUCUUUUUUUCAGUUUGAAAUCUCCCACAGUUGAUAAAACAGAUUUAUGAAACAUCAGAGAUCGAGGUGAUUGCCGCGCAA